UUUCCCCUAUUCUGAGACUUCUGACAGCUGUAAGUUUUGUUUAUUGAUUUAACAAAUCAAUGAUCAUGGUGGAGCAAUUGCCGUACACACGAUACAAUAGAUAGUUGAUUAACAGGAUAUUUUAAAUUUUUGGUACCGCACGAUGGAAGAAAAGCUGAGAUUUCUCGUGCAUAACCGUGCGAAGAGCCGUUGCCUAAAACUGCUAGUCUGUUUUAGGAGAAACCACAGAGAGUCAUAACUUUUUUUAUUCGUGAUGGAUUGUCGUUUCAAGAUGCUGAAAAGUUCGUGCAUUGUGCUUUUAUUUUUGGCCAUGUUUAACUUGGUGUGGCAGUGCUGUUGAAGGAUAGACAAGAAGGGACUGUUCUGUUAUUGAGUCCUGUUGUUGUGCGCAUCAGCCACUGAAUGCAACAUCAGUCGCGUUGCUAACACGCUGCCGACCGUCGGUGGCUGGCAUAGUGGCACAAGCUCCACCUUUGAGAGAGCGGAAAUGUUUAAUGAACUCUUGUUUCUUUAAAUGUUCUUAAAACGCGGUGUACAAGUGAAGUUUUGAAAACAAAAACGCGAUGUGAAGCUCCAUCUCAGCAAUCCCUUCGAGAUAUGUGCCGGCGUUUGUGCGGCUGUUGUGGCUUCAGUAGCACCGUCUAGCAAAGCGGGUUGGAAGAAGUGUUGCAUAAUUUGGCGGCGGCAGCGCUACAUAAUUUAUACGAGUACUUCUACAGUAUCGGCUAGGCAUCUUCAAUUGCCGGCAGCAUGGAUGCCGAAUUCGAGUAUCAAGUGGGCCUCGAACCGUGGCCGUACCGGCGCUGCGGCCGCAGUGUCAGCAGCGGCAACACCGUCAUGGUCAGGCAAAAAAAGGCCUGGUACCUGGGCUUCAUCGAGGACAUUGCCGACGACCAGCAGCAAAUCUUCGUCAAUUUCCACUGUGCCUCUGUGCCGGCCGCCUGGCUCCCCGCCCGCCAGGUCUUCCCGCACGCCCUGCCCUCGGAAACGUACGACGACUUCUCCACGGUGCUGGCGGCGAGACGCGCCGAUCCGACGGCGCCGCUGCUCUUCCAGCGCGCCGACGUCGUGGCCGUGUGUCACACCGGCCCCUUAAUGUGCUGCGUGCAGACAACGGCCGCCGGUCCGCGCCACCUGCUGCAUCCGCUGCAGAUUGCCGUCGAGCGGCCGCCCCGCCGGACGGUGUUGCAGCCGCCGGCGUCGCCGCACGAGGGCGUCUACGCUGCCUAUACGACCGCGGCGGUGGACGUGGCGCACAUCAACUGCAUCGAUGAGAACCGGCUGCAGUUCGAGAUGAAGCGCGCUCUGUACGCCGCGCAGUGUCGUGCCGUCAGCGCCCCCUCGAUGCGGCGGCCGAUCACGGAUGAAUUGCGGUAUUACAUGCGCUUGGGCCGCGAUUCCGUCAAGUUCAUCAUUUGGCAGCGGCAGGAGGAAGCCUGCAUCUGGAGUGUGGAGUUGCUGUCGGAAUGCGUCCGACACUGCUUGCAGAAAGGGGUAUUGGCUAACGAUAAUGCCGUACCAUGGUAUGGCUGUCCCAAUGGCGAUGCCGUUUCUCAUAACGACGUCGGCAGCGGUUUGGCUGGUCUGCCGCUGGAAAUCAUAGAGAAUCUACUGGAGCUGUUGGAUGUUGUCACUCGCACCAGACUGCAACGGGUCAGUCGAGCGUGGACCGAUCUGGCUGCUCGCAACCUCUGGCUACGCCGGCAUUUCAUCGUGGAUUUCGGCCUGCGUGUGCGCAGUGCCAACAAGUCGGACGAAAUGCACCGUCUCGGCCGACUGUUAUACCACGGGCUGAGCCGUGACGUGCGGACGCUGGUGCUGCGCCGGUGGCGUCCGGCUGACUUUUCGCUGGGAAGCAGUGCCUAUAGCUAUGGUGCUGUUGAUUUAACCGUCAUGCGACAGGUGAUCAGGAUGCGGCAACUGCCAGCCGGCCUGCAGCGCAUCAUCUAUCACCGCUGCGUCGUCAGCCACGAUCUGCCGGCUACGUGGUCCCGGCUUAGCGGGGCCACUGCCGACCACCCGGCCUUCUUCCCGCUCAACCACUUGUCGCCGUUGAUGGAUGUGUGCAGCAGCAGCGGUCAGGUGAUUGUGGUGGACUACGUCCAGAAGGACGCCGUCCGCCCGUGGGAGUGGCUGCGGCCCUUUCGCCGUCGCGAAGGAAGCCCCUAUAGCGAACGCAGCCCCAACACAGCCCCGCCGCUAUCCGUCGCCCUGCCCUUCCUGCGCCUGGACUGCCGCCAGGAUGCCGUCAGCCUUCUGGCCAGCAUGCGGACGGCCAUGGAGACCGCCCUCCCGGAGCCGCCAGCGGAGAUGCGGCGGAUGGCCACGGAUAUGUACGAGUAUUGGCGCACCCGCGACACCUACUGGCACUUUCUCCGUCAUCUGCUCACCGCCACCGAGCCGGGCGGUCCCGUAUGGCAGCACGCUGAUUUCCCCAACACCCCGCUGCCGCAGCUGACCCGUUUAACCGUCUUCGCUCUGGACUCCUUGUGGUGCCGGUGCAGCAGUGAGCCGAUGUUGCUGUAGACCCACAGCGUUGAUCGGCAUCUGGCCAAGACAAUGGCCACCCACUCAGAUAACGGAUGGACGUAGUUCUCAACUUCCAGCCAAAGUAAUCACUGUCGCGAGCCAACCAUAAGCAGUUAGUCACAGAGAAUGUUACAGACACUACACAGAGAAUGUUACAGUAUUGAGCAGAUUUCGAGGAGGCCUGCCAGUCGCUGGACAACCUGCGCCCCUUCGACGUCCAUUUGCCGGUCGAGCGGGCCGUGCGCCUCUUCCGCGCCAUGACCAUUCUGCGUGGCCUGUUCCGCGCCAUGACGUCUUUCCGCCCGAGGCCAUGCUUCCCACGCUAUUGCGCAGCAUACAUACUCUUGACUUUCAUUACUUACUAGGGAAUACUAGCUGUUUCCGCGCUAGCUGUGCUGCCAUGUAACGAAUGUUUACUUGGAUCGGCUUGAAUUAUUAAUGUUUUUAUGAAGAAUCUCUAAACGCAUGCAGUGGGCGUUGUUUUGGUGUACUUAAUUGUGGUAUUUAUGCGUUAUCAUUGCUUUGGCGAAGUUUUUGGCGAUGGUGAUGCUGAUCCCUCCAGACCGCAGUAGCUGCGGCGCGGUCUAGUCCGAGUUGUUGUCCAGCGCACGGACCGCAUAAUACCGCAUCUGCAGGCGUAAAAAGCCGUUGUUGUUCCAGGCAGCCAGUCUCGAUCUGUAAUCGGUGCAUAUACCAUCGUAUGCUGAAAACUGCAACUGAAGACCCAAAGGGGUUGAGUUGAAACGCUGAUCUUGUGCCAUAUUCAGAAACCUGGCUAGCAUCCCGCUUCCGUGUUGUCAAGCGUAGGCACG